AUCACUGGUGUUGUUUUGUCUCAAACCGAAGGAUUCUAGCAUGUUGUUUGACCAAAUCUGAUCUAUAUAUAGUCAUAGGCAUGCCAGUGUCGAGAUAACUUCAUUUGGGUAAAUAAUGAGAAGAGACAUGCUUGACAAUGUUAGAGAAAAGGGUCUGCUCUAUAUCGGUAGCAGUAGCAGAAAAGUGAAAUGGAAAUUUAAUGAUUUGACUUCAGUUUCUUCUUCAUCAUUUUGUUUUCUGCUGCGUUUUCAGCGACUUGAGUUCAAACAGGAUCCAUGGAAACAUUCCUGACUCGUUAAGAAAUCUGACUAAACUUGAAAACCUUGAUCUUUCUUCAAAUGAUCUGGAUGGGCGUAUACCAGACUUCUUUGGGGAAAUGGAAUCACUACGUACCAUUAUUCUAGCAAAAAACUGGCUAAAGGAAUCAAUACCACCAAAACUGGGCUCCUCAGCAUCUAUUAAAACUUUGGACUUUGCAGAGAACCUACUAACUGGAACUAUUCCUGAGACUUUAGGAAACAUUUCAAGCCUUGAGUUCCUGCGGUUAUCUGAUAACCAGUUAAAAGGGCCGCUUCCGAAAUCUCUUGGAAACUUGCAGAAUGUCUAUCGCAUGGUGGUGGCAAACAACAAACUUCAAGGACAGUUGCCUCAAAGUUUUGCAAAUCUUACAAGCUUAAGGCACUUCAACGUUAGGGGGAAUGAAUUCAUUGGCCAGAUACCGCCAUAUAUUGGAUACUGGAAGCAGUUGCAAGUCCUGAUACUUCAAGGGAACCAUUUUGAAGGGCCUUUACCUGGUACAUUCUCCUCCCUGGAGAAUAUCAUGGAGAUGCGCAUUGCUGACUUGUAUGGAAGAAAUGGAGAAGUUUUCCCAUUUCCAAAUAUUUCAAGAAUGAGACAACUUGAAACUUUGGUCCUGAGAAACUGUUCAAUCAAUGCUUCAAUCCCAUCAUAUAUUGGAGAGCUCCAAGCCCUGAACCAUCUGGACUUGAGCUACAACAAACUGAGUGGUGAAGUCCCAUAUUUCUCCGAGUAUGGGAACUUGACAAAUAUAUUUCUUCGAGCAAACAAACUGACAGGUUCAAUUCCUAAAUGGUUUGCAAACUUAACAGAAGCAAAUCUGGAUUUCUCCGAGAACAAUUUUACAUAUUCAUCAUCUGUAGUAAACUACAAAUCCAGGAAUACGAAUUCAUUUGCAUGCUGCUCUUCCUCACCUGAGUUCGAUAGUACAUGGCAAAAGAAUAAUUUCUUCUGUGAUGAAGACCAACCGGAAAAUGAUCGGUUGUAUAUCAAUUGUGGAGGUGAUAAGGUAACAGCAGGCAGACACACGUUUGAACGAGAUGCGCAACCAGAAGGAGCUUCGACAUUCUAUAUCAGCGAUGACAAGAAAUGGGGGUACAGUAGCAUGGGAAUUUAUGACCCUGCGCAAAGCAGGUCCAUGAGUUACGCACACUCGAUUGAUAAGUGUCCAUUUCAAAACAAUGAGGCAUCAUUAUACCAGACAGCUCGUGUUGCUCCAAUAUCUUUGAAGUAUUUUGGAUUCUGCAUGAAAAAUGGCUUGUAUACAGUAAAACUUGAUUUUGCUGAAAUCACAAUUAAAGAGGAAGCUGAACAUAAAAGCAGGGGAAAUCGCCUUUUUGAUGUCUUAAUUCAGGGUACGAAGGUCUUAACUGAUUUCAAUAUUAAAGAUGUUGCUGGAGGUCUAAAUGAGAAUAUUUCUCAGACGUUUCAAGCUGAAGUCAAGGAAAACAGUCUUGAAAUUCACUUAUAUUGGGCAGGAAAAGGCUCAAAACGUGGUCCCUUUGAGCUUUAUGGUCCUCUUGUUUCAGCUAUUUCAGUAGAGCCUGUUCUUAAACCAGUAAAGCCUUCCAUAAAACUUUCUCCUUUAAGUAUUGCUGGGAUUUCAGGAUCCAUUGUUUUGUUCUUGAUUCUGAUUUUUGCUUUCCUCUGGAAAAUGGGUUACCUUCGUGGCAAGGAAUCAAAAAUUGAAGCACAAAAAGAACUCAUCUCAUUGCCUGGUGGAGGACUUUUCACUUAUCGGCAACUAAAAGUUGCCACACAAAAUUUUAACAAUGCAAACAAGAUAGGUGAAGGAGGCUUCGGAGCUGUUUUCAAGGGGGUGCUUCCCAAUGGGACAGCAAUAGCUGUAAAACAGCUUUCUGCAAAAUCAAAGCAAGGCAGUCGUGAAUUUGUCAAUGAAGUGGGUGUUAUCUCUGCUUUGCAACACCCAAAUCUAGUAAAACUACUGGGGUGCUGCAUAGAUGAAAACCAACUGCUUCUAGUCUAUGAGUACAUGGAAAAUAAUUCCCUUGCACAUGCACUAUUUGGUCCUGAAGAACUCAGAGUACAACUUAACUGGACAAUCAGGUCUAAAAUUUGCCGUGGGAUAGCUAAAGGAUUGGCAUUUCUCCAUGAAGAAUCCAAACUAAAAAUUAUUCACAGAGAUAUCAAGACAACCAACAUCCUUCUUGAUAAGGAUUUUACUGCAAAAAUAUCUGAUUUCGGAUUUGCCAAGCUUCAUGAAGGGGAGAAGACACAUGUCAUUACAAAGAUAGCGGGAACCACGGGAUACAUGGCUCCUGAGUAUGCCAUGCGAGGUCAUCUGACCAGUAAAGCAGAUGUUUACAGCUUUGGAGUAGUCUUGCUUGAAAUUGUCAGUGGGCAGAAUAGUGCCAGUUACAGGCCAAAUGAUGAGAGUGUUUACCUUCUAGAUUUGGCUUAUGUCCUGCAAGAGAAGGGGGACCUUUUAGCUCUGGUUGAUCCAAUUCUGGGAUCUGAGUACGCAGCAAAAGAAGCAAAAAUGAUUCUAGAAUUAGCAAUGCUUUGCACUAACCCAUCACCUACACUUAGGCCUAGUAUGUCUGAGGUGGUCAAAGUUUUGAAGGGAAAAAGUCGGCUUAAUUAUACUCCAUCCCAUGCCCCCUAUUCAGCUGAUGGUUUCGCACGGGCCAAGGCCAUGGCUAGCCGUUCAUUUUCCAACUAUUCCAGGAGCAUGUCCAGGGAAGAGCCAUCUAACCCUGCAAGUUACGAAUUUAGCAUUAAGGAGGAAGAAGUGCAUAUCUCUGCUGAUUACACCCCAGAGGUCACUGAUGAGACUGGAAGAUCACCACUUAAUAACGUCUGAAUUGGUGCGAAGUAACUUGCAUAUUACAUUUCAAGUCCGACAUACUUGCAUCUGUUAUAUAUUCGUAUUCGUUUUUUUUCUUGCUUGUUUUGUACUACCUUAGUGAACUGUUUCCAAUAUGUAGCAUAACCUAAUAAUUAAAGUUUUGUAUUUGAAAAAACUAGUCUGCUAGGAGUGAUUAUAAC